AUGGCCUCCGUUCUGGUAAAUGGCUUCCGUGAAAGACGGCGUGGCGCGGCCGGUCGGGCUGCGGCUUUACGUAGGGCGCCGUCGGACUCCGACUGUUCGGGUGAGACGGCGUCUCUAUCAGCGGACUCCGGGGAUCGCUCUGUAAGGCCCGCGCCUCCACCGCCUAGAAGUGGGAAGACUAGGAGUCGUCGCCGGGGCAGUGAAUGGGAAGUGCUCGAAGGAUUAAAAGACGGACAGCGCUUCGAUAAACGCCCCGAAGUUUUCAACGGUUACCUGCACAAGAAGCGGAAAUGGCCGCUAAAGGGAUGGCAUAAGCGUUUCUUCGUGGUAGACGGUGGUAUAUUGGUUUACGCGCGGUCACCCACAGAUGUGGCGAGAGGUCGCUUGCAUGGGUCUGUGGACGUGGGUCUGUCAGUCAUAUCUGCUAAAGCUCGGAGACGCAGGAUAGACAUAGACGCCGACGAGUUCAUAUACCAUCUGAGGGCGAAAACACCAGAUGUCUUUCGAACUUGGUUAAAUAUUUUAAAGACACACCGAUUGUACAGACAACACUUGCUAACAUUCGGUGCCCGUGAGUCAGUCCCCAAGAUCCACGCGCCUAACGAUGAAGCUCUACCCACUGAUACGUCUUCUCGGCUGGUUAGCCCCACUUCGCCCCCUAUCCGCGGCCCGCAAGCUGGCUUCGUGUCUGGCACCCCUGGAGGACGGCUUUCUGGCUGGAUCAUUGAGUCCGGUGGUCCGCUAGACAACGUGUCCAGAGAACUCGGCCAGGCGCAGCUAUCGGUACAGCAAUUGCAGCGUUUGCUUGAAGCGCUGGAAUUGCAGCAACAAGCUCACCACGACACCGAUGUGUCGUUAGAAGGUGCGUCUCCAAAUGUCAAAAAGGAUCGUCGCAAGUUCGGUCUUCGUAAGAAGAAAUCAAACAGUAAAUGUGCUUCCGUAGAACUGGCUCCUCCGCACAUCGACCCAUCUAACUCACAUAUGGCCCUAUCAGCUCUGACGGCGCCACCGUCUCCUGGGGGCGGGGCUUCAUCAAUCCCCGCCUCCGCUGCUUCGUUACCCAUCGUGUUUCUAUCCACAUUUCUGGCCUCUACCUUAGUUCCGUGUGCAGCGGCUCGCCCUCAGUCGCUACCGGGUGCUGAAGUGCUACACGCGCCCACAAGCCUCAGCAGUCUGACUCCCGAUCAACAGAUCAGAGAGGACUUCACAGUACUGGCCAAGGACUUGGUCGCCAGUCUCAAUGGCGUUCUGACUACUUUGUACCGCGAGCGCGGGCGCCUGGCCGCGGGCGCCGGCGAGGGCGCGCCCGCGCUGAGCGCGCUGCGGAGCGACCUCAGCACGGCGCUGCAGCAGAACUCGGAGCUGCGCGCGCGCCUGUCGCGCAUCCACGACGCGUCCGACCUCGCCGAGAUCUCGUGCGUGGGCCGCGACUCCGACAACCGGCAGUUCCAGCCGUCGCUGAGCUACAGCUCGUCGUGCGUGUCGGCCUCCGAGUUCUUCGACGCGGAGGAGCACGAUGACCGCCCCGCGCUACUGGACGACGAGGCGGGUGUGAUAGAGCUGGACGGAGAUUCGUCGUCAGAAGCCGGUUCCUUAAGUAGCGAAGAAGGUUCCGCGAGUUCCGAUAAUUCUGAUGCUGCUACAGAACCGGUAAUAAAUUCGGGCGGUGUUGGAGACGGUCCUGUGACUGGUUGGACGCGACGCACGCGUCUGCCGAGCCCUAGGCCUUCGCCAGGGGGACCCAGCCUGUGGAACCUACUGUACAAGAAUAUCGGCAAGGACCUGAGUCAGAUCUCCAUGCCUGUUACCAUCAAUGAACCUCUUAAUAUGCUGCAACGGCUGUGCGAGGAGCUGGAGUACAGCGAGCUGCUGGAGGCGGCGGCGGGCUGCGCGGCGGCGGCGGAGCGCUGCGCGCUGGUGGCCGCCUUCGCCGUCAGCGCCUACGCCGCCGCCGCGCACCGCGCCGCCUCCAAGCCCUUCAACCCGCUGCUGGCCGAGACCUACGAGUGCGUGCGCGCCGACCGCGGCUUCCGCUUCGUGGCCGAGCAGGUCUCCCAUCACCCCCCGAUCUCGGUGUGUCACGCAGAAUCCCCUCGAUGGGUAUUCUGGCAGGAGGCGCGGAUCAAGACAAAGUUCUGGGGGAAAUCCAUGGAAUUCCAGCCCGCCGGAAGAGUCCAUGUUAAACUACUCACCACUGGCGACCAUUAUAGUUGGAACAAGGUGACGACAUGCGUUCACAACCUGUUCGGCGGCCAGCGCUGGGUUGACCAGUACGGAGACAUGCACAUUACUUGCCACGGGACCAACAUCUCUUGCAAACUCAACUUUAUUAAGGCCAGCUCGUGGUCCAACAGCCGGCACGAGGUCCGCGGCGCGGUCACGGACGCCGGCUCGGGCGCGCGGCUGCGGCUGGCGGGCCGCUGGUCCGAGGCCAUGUACGCCGGGGACUCCCCGGCCGCCAGGUGCUUGUGGAGGCCCGGCGCCAUGCCGCCGGAGCACGAGCUGUACUACGGGUUCACGCGCUUCGCCAUCGAGCUCAACGAGCUGGAGCCCGGCCUGCGCGAGCUGCUGCCGCACACCGACACGCGCUUCCGGCCGGACCAGCGCGCCCUGGAGGAGGGCGACGUGGAGGCGGCGGAGCGGUUCAAGCACCAGCUGGAGCAGGCGCAGCGCGAGCGGCGCCGCGACGAGCUCGAGCACCGCCCCGCCUGGUUCCGCAAGGCGGCGGACGAGGAGGAGGCGUGGGUGUUCGGCGGCGAGUACUGGCGCGCGCGCGAGCGGGGCUUCCCCGGGCUGGCCGCGCCGCGCCUCUGGUGACCGCGCCCGCGUAUACCGCAGUGCGAGGUGCUGUGUUAGGUUGUGCUUCGCUUAGCAACGCUUUACGACAUCGCCCUUUAUCACGCUAUUUGAAAUUAUACCGAGAGUGAACGCUAGAGUGUUCCGGGUGUACGUUUGUUAUAUUUUAUUUUGUUAUUUAAUAUAUUUGUGUUUUGUUA